AUGGGGGCCGGAGCCAACAUGGAGCCCUCAACGGGAUAAGGGUGAAACCGCUGUUGCCGGCUGUUCCUGUUCUCCCUCCACCAUGCUGGUGCACUUAUUUCGGGUCGGGAUUCGGGGUGGCCCUGUCCCAGGCAGGCCGCUGCUACCCCUCCGCUUCCAGACAUUCUCGGCCGUCAGGUCCUCCGACGGCUGCCCCAGCUCCUACCUCCUCAGGGCCGUGGCCCAGCUGCGGUCCCAGCUCCGGGCCCGCAUCCCUCGAGCACCCCCAGCUCCUGGCCGGAGCCCCUCUGCCUGGUGCUGGGUUGGGGGAGCCCUCCUGGGCCCCGUGGUUCUGAUUAAAUGCCCCCGCCUCUGCCCUGUGGCACUGUGUGAGGCAGAAGAGGCCCCUCCUGCCUGCUCCAGACCCUGGGUCGUGGAGUCCCGCUUUAACUGGAAGCUCUUCUGGCAGUUUCUACGCCCCCACCUGCUGAUCCUGGGGGCAGCCAUCGUGCUGGCGCUGGGUGCAGCACUGGUGAACGUGCAGAUCCCCCUUCUCCUGGGUCAGCUGGUGGAGAUUGUGGCCAAGUAUACAAGGGACCGUGCGGGCAGCUUCCUGACUGAGUCCCGGAACCUUAGCACCCGCCUGCUGAUUCUCUAUGGCAUCCAGGGCCUGCUGACCUUCGGGUACCUGGUGCUGCUGUCCCGCAUCGGUGAACGCAUGGCAGUGGACAUGAGGAGGGCCCUCUUCAGCAACCUGCUUCGACAAGACAUUGCUUUCUUUGAUGCUAAAAGGACAGGGCAGCUGGUGAGCCGAUUGACAACGGACGUGCAGGAGUUUAAAUCGUCCUUCAAACUUGUCAUCUCCCAGGGGCUGCGAAGCUGUACCCAAGUGGCCGGCUGCCUGGUGUCCCUAUCUAUGCUCUCCACGCGCCUCACGCUGCUCCUGAUGGUGGCCACGCCUGCCCUGAUGGGAGCUGGCACCCUAAUGGGCUCAGCUCUCAGGAAGUUGUCUCGCCAGUGUCAGGAGCAGGUCGCCAGGGCAACAGGUGUAGCCGAUGAGGCCCUGGGCAACGUUCGGACAGUGCGAGCCUUCGCCAUGGAGCAGUGGGAGGAGGAACGCUACAGAGCAGAGCUGGAGGCGUCCCGCUGUAAGGCAGAGGAGCUGGGCAGAGGCAUCGCCUUGUUCCAAGGGCUCUCCAACAUCGCCUUCAACUGCAUGGUCUUGGGAACCCUGUUUAUUGGGGGCUCCCUCGUGGCUGGACAGCAGCUGACAGGGGGAGACCUCAUGUCUUUCCUGGUAGCCUCCCAGACAGUGCAGAGGUCCAUGGCCAACCUCUCUGUCCUGUUUGGUCAGGUGGUGCGGGGGCUCAGUGCGGGCACCCGGGUCUUCGAGUAUAUGACCCUGAGCCCAGACAUCCGGCUGUCAGGGGGCUGCUGCAUCCCCAGGGAGCACCUCCAUGGCUCCGUCACGUUUCACAACGUCUGCUUCAGUUACCCCUGCCGCCCUGGCUUCCAAGUGCUCAAAGACUUCACCCUCACGCUGCCCCCAGGCAAGAUCGUGGCCCUUGUGGGCCAGUCCGGGGGAGGAAAGACCACUGUGGCUUCCCUGCUUGAGCGCUUCUAUGACCCCACGGCGGGCAUGGUGACGCUGGACGGGCAAGACCUGCGCACCCUCGACCCUUCCUGGCUCCGGGGUCAGGUCAUCGGCUUCAUCAGCCAGGAGCCAGUCUUGUUUGGAACCACAAUUAUGGAGAACAUCCGUUUUGGGAGGCUGGGUGCCUCCGAUGAAGACGUUUAUGCAGCUGCCCGCGAAGCCAAUGCCCACGAGUUCAUCACCAGCUUCCCCAAGGGCUACAACACCAUAGUGGGUGAGCGGGGUACAACCCUGUCUGGUGGCCAGAAGCAGCGCCUGGCCAUCGCUCGAGCCCUCAUCAAGCAGCCCACAGUGCUGAUCCUGGAUGAGGCGACCAGCGCACUGGACUCGGAGUCUGAGAGGGUUGUGCAGGAGGCCCUGGACCGCGCCAGCGCCGGCCGCACCGUACUGGUCAUCGCCCACCGGCUCAGCACCGUCCGUGGGGCCCACCGCAUUGUCGUCAUGGCCCACGGCCGAGUCUGCGAGGUGGGGACCCACGAGGAGCUCCUAAAGAAAGGCGGGCUCUAUUCCGAGCUCAUCCGGAGACAAGCCUUGGAUGCCCCACUUCCUGAGACCCCCAAAGGCCCCAGGAACCGGCACCCCAAGUCCUGAGAGGUCUGGUCACUGCCGAGCAUCAGUGCCCAGGGCCAGGGCUCAGCGCGGGGGAGCUCCUGGGGACCGAGGCCCCAGGAGGGCCCGCAUGCUGCAGUGGGGGCUGCUGCCACUGCUUCCCCUGCUCACGAUAAAACCUGGCCAAGCGGCCAAGCGCUGGACUAGGAAGAGUUUGGGACCACUGCCCGUCCUGCCUCCAGGCUGUCUCCUUCCUGCCAGAGCUGAGAGUCCUUGGGCUGCACAGGGAGGGAGCAGAGUCCCCGGGCCCCUGCUCUGUCUGCUCCCUCUGCCCAGUCCCUCCCCAGCCCCUCUCCCAACCCUGCCAAGUCUCCGCCUCUACCUGACAGCCUAAAGGUGUCCAGGCCACAGCUGCAGGGAAUGUUUGCAAAACACUGUUAGGGAGUGAGAAUGGGGACCCACACCAGGGUUUGUCCCACACCCGUGCCAGGACCUCACUCCCCUCCACUGACUCCCAACACGCCUCUCACAGCCCUGUGAGAAGGAGCCCACCCUUUGAGCUGACCCCACAAAUCCACGGUCCCCAUUCUGGGAACAACAUCCCUUCCUUCUUCCUGCUCCACUGAUGGAGUAGAAAUAAAUUUCUCUAGACCUUGC